UGUCUCUCUCCUCCAUAAAAGGGUCCUGCAAAGUGGGCAGGGCUACGUGGGUUUAUUUUCGGAGCAGCUCCAGGGAUCCGAUGGCCUUGUUAGGGCAGCUGUGACCUUUCUUACCGGAGGAGGGUAGAAGGAAGGAGACUGCGGGAGGAGAGCCCGAGAGGCUCGCCCGUCCAAUGGGGCUCUGAAGAAGACCCUGGCACCGCCCGCGCAACUAGCCGCAGGAGCCCCGGGAGGGCGGAAGAGGCGAGGGCGCAAAGCGCGCUAUAGGGGAGGGGGUCGCGGCGGCGGCGGCUGGGGAAGGUUCAGCAAGGAUCCUUACCCUUCUUGGCUCUUAAAGGGGCCGGAUGCUGCCUGCGUUUAGAAGAGGCUGCGAGGAUGGUGUAGCAGAGAAAGGUUACCUUGCAGCUAAGGUCUUGCAAAGCCUUGCCUCUUGCCCAUCAGGGCGCUUGGGGCGAGCGCGCGGGAUGGGGAGGCCCGCGCCUUGCAGCUGAGCAGGAGUUUCGCCUCCUCUACUGCCUGCUGCCCUCCAAGGCCGGUUGGUAGAGUUUUCCUUCUAUGCCUCCACACCUGACAGGCUAGCGUUGCCAAGCAGGAGGAUUGGGGGUCCCUGAGGUUCCUGCCGCUUUUCUGAGCCUAGGAACAGCUUGCUUGCCACCUCCUCGCAGCCUCUUCCCUAGUUGCACCUUCCUGGGCGAGGACGCCACGCCUGACCCCAAAGGCGGCCCCCCCAGCAUAGCUUGGCUAUGCACCACCACCUGCCGCUUCCGCUAAUGGAGAAGUGAUCCGGCCAAAUAGGAAGGAGGGAACGAGUCAGAGAAGAGCACAGACCCCUGGCUUGACAGCAUGAGUGGUGGCAGGUUUGACUUUGACGAUGGAGGGGCCUACUGCGGGGGCUGGGAAGGGGGCAAAGCCCACGGGCACGGCAUCUGCACGGGGCCCAAGGGCCAGGGCGAAUACUCGGGCUCCUGGAACUACGGCUUCGAAGUGGUGGGAGUCUACACCUGGCCCAGCGGCAACACCUACGAGGGCUACUGGUCUCAAGGAAAGAGGCAUGGCUUAGGGAUAGAGACCAAAGGGCGGUGGCUUUACAAGGGCGAAUGGACACAUGGCUUCAAAGGAAGGUAUGGGGUCAGGCAGAACAUCAGCAGCGGGGCAAAAUACGAAGGCACCUGGAAUAACGGGCUGCAGGACGGUUAUGGCACCGAGACCUAUACUGAUGGAGGUACAUACCAAGGCCAGUUCACCAAUGGAAUGCGCCAUGGUUAUGGCGUCCGGCAGAGCGUCCCAUAUGGCAUAGCAGCUGUAGUCCGCAACCCUCUAAGGACCUCCCUUACUUCCCUCCGUAGUGAGCACAGCAAUGGCACCCUGUUGCAACAUGACUCCCCGUCAGCAAACCUGGAGAACUUUCCUAUGACACCUACGAUCACCCGUGGUGGCUUUGCUCUCAGCCUGUACGCAGAUGCUGAUGCGGGCAAGCUGAAGAAGGGAGGUCUCUUCAGGCGGAGUUCCUUGUUUGGGAAGUUGAAGAAAUCCGACUCUAAGACUUCCUUGGCCAGCCAAAGGAGCCGACUCAGCUUCCUCAAGAGCGAGAGUGGAAUGAGCUCCACUGGUAGCGAUGCCACCUCCACAGCUAGCCUAGGAGAAGGAGCAGAGGUAGAGGACUUCCCACCUUUUGACGCUGAUAUUGAUGCCACCACGACAGAGUCCUAUAUGGGUGAGUGGAAGAAUGACAAGCGCUCAGGGUUUGGCGUGAGUGAGAGAUCAAGUGGCCUGAAGUAUGAGGGUGAAUGGCUGGAUAAUGUACGGCAUGGAUACGGUUGCACCACUUUGCCUGAUGGUAAGAAGGAAGAAGGGAAAUACCGAAUGAACGUCCUGAUCAAAGGCAUGAAGAAGAGGGUGAUACCUCUGAAAAGUGCCAAGAUAAGGCAGAAGGUGGACAGGAGCCUGGAAGGGGCUCAGAGGGCAGCAGCCAUCGCCAGACAGAAAUCUGAGAUUGCAGCUUCUAGGACUGCCCAUGCCAAAGCCAAGUCAGAAGGGGCUGAGCAAGCAGCAGUGGCAGCUAACAAUGAAUCCACUUUAGCCAGGUCGAUGGCCAGGGAACUAUCUCCGGAUUUCUAUCAGCCAGGUCCUGAAUACUUGAAGAGGCGACUGCUCCACGAGCUCAUGGAGAACGAAGAGAAUAUAGAGAAUACUGAAGAAGAGCCACCACCUGUGGAACAGCCACCUCCACCACCACCUCCAGAGAGCCCUCAGAUUGAUGAGCAAGAUUCCACCAAGCCCAAAGAAAGUCCAGCUCGAACGCCUUCACCAGCUGGAACACCACCUGAGGCCAAACGAGCUAAGCAAGGUUCUCAGAAAAGCCCUGGGAGCUGGAAUGGAGAUCACGGCAAGGAUGGCAGCGGCACGGGAAGUAGGCCCAACACACCUUCUAAAGCUUUGCUAGCACCUGCAGAGAAGGCGGCAGGUGGCAGUAGGCCUGCUUCCCAGAGCCCCAGCCGCCCUAGCCAUGUGAGGGUUGCUACUGACCAGAUGGGGAUCAAACCCCUUCAGAGGAUACAUCAGGAAGGCGACGUCGCAUUAUUUCAGGGCUAUCACAGCUAUGCUGUGAGGACCUCCCCGGUUACUCCCCCAGAGGACUUUGAGGAAGAAUCAUUCCCUGACUCCAAGUUGCCUGCCAAGCCAAGUUCCCCAGAGCCCAAAGCUGAUGUGAAGGCCAUUGAGCACAAACUGGAGCCGCAGAAGACGGGAGGUACACCUGUCUCUCAGCAUGAAGCAGCUCACGAAGAAAAAAAAGCACUCAGAGCAGAAACUAAGCAGGAUCUCAAGCAACACCCGCCACCAGAACCCAAAGCAGAAGAGAAAGCCGAAGCUGUAGCUGAAGGCAAGCCUGAACGGAAAACUGAAACGAAGGUGGUGGCCAAAACUGAUCCCAAGGCUGUGGUGAAGAAAGUUUCUUCACCAGAGACAGCAACGAAAGAGGUGGAAGAGCAUGAAGAGGGACCUAACACAAUCAUCAUUUGCAUGGUCAUCCUAUUGAACGUUGGCUUAUCCAUCUUAUUUGUCCAUUUUCUGACAUGAUGAGACGCUAAGACAAGAAGUUUCUGCUGACAUCUGUGCCUUGCCAGAGGUAUAACACCAUCCAUUCAGAACCAUCUAAAGAGGGAGGAGCUUAGAACCCAAUGUUGGCAUUGUGGUCAUGAACUUCCAUAGAAGGCUUCAGAAGAGCUUGUUAGCCUAGGCCCCCAACUAUAGACGAUCUCUUCUGCCCAGCAAGACUGUUGCAUCCCCCCUCCUCAUUCUUCCUUUUGUUGUGAAUGAGAAUUGCCUUAAAGUUUCAUAACUUUGUUGAUACUGUUGUACUGCCGUUUGAAGAAACAAGGAUUCAUCUGUAAUUGUGGAAACACAAACAAGGCAGUCUCUCCUUCAGAUUCCACUAUGAAAAUUCCAGGCUUCACUGGAAGACUCGUCAUUAUAAAUCUCCUGAAGAACACCAUGUUUCUAAGCUAUGUAGCAGCCAGGAAUAAUUGUUAUAGCUGUUGAUUUAACUUCUCCCACCCAAACCAAGAUUGUUAUGAAUCCAGCGUUAGGAAAGGUUAGGCUAUGCUCCCCACUGCUGCAUAACUCUGAAAAAAUUCUGUGUAGAAGUCCAGAUUUUAGAGCAGGCAAAAGCCAUUUCAUUGAAUAGUGGAUCCACACUAGGAUCCAAGUGAAUCCACAGUGGGGAAAAUGAAAA